CACACACACACACGCACACUGACACACACACUGACACACACACACCGACACAUACAAAUCACGUAUGACAGGCAGUCUGUUCUUGCUGUGUAGCCGGGGCAGUCGCUCUGCUGUGGCCGUGUGCUUGUCCGUGGCUGUAUCUGUAUGUGUGUGUGUGUUUGUGUGUGUGUGUGUGCGGUCAUUUUGUGUCACCACCUCCAUCCCUGCCUGUCCGCUUGCUGGUUGCAGCCCUCGCCUCCACCGCUGCCACUCGUGCUGUCCACCCACCGCUGUGACCGGAGGGGGAGUCUCGCGGCAUCCUUCUUCUCUCCUCCCCAAACAUGUUUCGAAACCCAUGGAUCUCUAGUUACCAUGUGAACCAUGAGCAGCCGUGUGGCCAAGAGUUUGGACCUAAAGCUCGGCCCAAGCUUUGCAGCUCAGCCUCAUUGCCAACAGAGGCCUUAAGUUUUCAGAGUGACUUCUCCCUGGGUGACAAGACCACCUUGGUCAAGAGUGUUUCAGAUACAGAUGCCAAAGUCCUGGCUGUCCUUCCCAAGGUUUCAGAGUUGAAGAAACACUUUGAGGGAGCCGUCACAAAGGAUUUGGGAAUGAACAGGAAGGAGAGGAUAGCCCGGCGCCUGGAGGGGAUGGAAAGUGAUGUUCCCCCUGCACUGGUGCCUGGUGGUUUGGUAGCCAACAGGAUGCUGGAGGAGGAUCCUCCGCGGUACACCCGCGCCUCAGAUCCCUGUGAACCUUGUGUGAUGGUGAGGCGCUACAGUCGAGAGGAGUUGGAGGCACCCCAGAAGCUGUCAUCUCUGGACAGAUCCCCUCAGGUCAAAGGUGGUGUUGGCAGUGGCCGUCAGGAGCCAUUGUUGGUGUAUGUUGACCCAGUAACACUAUCCACACCCACUUCUGGCCCCACAAACCCCACCAGCCUCAGUUCCAAGGCCGAACGCAUCGCCCGCUACAAAGCCGAGCGCCGCCGCCAGCUGUCAGAGCGUUAUGGCAUCCUCCUGGAUCAGGAGGCGGACAUCGAUUACACACCACGCUACCGCUCUCGGCGUGACACAGACGCCUCUGACCGACAAAUGGUUCCCAGGCGAGAGGGAGACAGACAGGAAGCUGAGGAACAAGGACGGGAGCCCAGGGUACCAUAUCGUGCUGGAGUGGGCAGGGUUUACAUGAGGACACACCCAGACCCUGCCCCUGUUUCCACCUCCAGCGCCGCCCACUCAAACCAAGCCCCUCCCCCCACACAAGAUAGGCCCAGAAGAUUUUCGGAGCGGGAGAGAGCGAUGAACAUGGAGAACCACCGGCGCGGUGCGGCUCAGGAGCGCCCAGUCGCUUCUAGAUCCAGAACCCAGGAGCAGCAUCCACCUCAGUCCCAACAGCAGCAGCACCACCACCAGGACGCCGCCCACCAGGAGCCAAGCCCCGCCUCCACCAGGGAUUACAGCAUCGCAGCGGUGCCCAGCUCCCCUCGCAGCGCCCGCCGGGCCUCCCUGCCCUCCCCUCGCUACGGCAUCUCACCUGGGGAUUUGUUCAUAGAGCAGCAGGCCCAGAGCAUCCUCAACAGACAAGGAAUCCGGGUAAGAGAACGAUUGUCCAGGGAUGAAAUUGUCCAGAGGCCCCCCGACUGGAGUCCAGACAGGAACCAGGGUAACAGACACCGUACCCAGGGGAACUCUGCUCAGUACACCCCACAACGCUCAGAACCCAGCCAGCAAAGGACUGUUCCCCAGCCCAGCACAGGCCACCAUACUGCCCACGGCCAAACAGCCUACGUCCCUGAGUACCAACACUCUGGCCCUGCUGUUGACUCUCAGCCCUAUUUGGCCCUCCCUGCCCCAGUGGCCGCUGCCAAACUUCCUGGACCUCCUGAGGUGCCACCACGAAGGAGAGUGUGUGCUGACCAAAUCCAUGCCGCCCACAGGGAGGCAAGAUCGGAGGCCAGGCAGGCCCUGAAGGAAGAGGCCCAUACAGAGGGCCUGCUAAAGAGCAGGAAAGCCGUUUUGCCCUCAGAGAUCCGCCGAAGGGAAAAGAGUGUGGAUGAUCCUCACAGAGGCCGGCAUGAAGACAUGGACUGGCAGAACUACAGCCCAGAACAAAGGAGGAUGAGUCGAGGCGAGGAAGACUGGGAUCGGGAGAGACCGAGGGAGAGGGGGAGGGAGAGAAAUGUCGAGAGGAUCAGAGAAAGAGGGAGAGAGCAUCUUUCUAGCCAUGACAGCCAAGAGGAGACAGUGUUUCGAUCUAUGCAGCCCUCCCACACCUCUGUACUCCAGCAGCCCAGGCAGCAUCACUCCUCAGAGCCUGUGUACCAUCAAGAGCCCCAAAUUCAGCAGCAAGAGCCCCCACCGCAACAACAGUAUGAACCCAGAACGAGACAACAUGGUGUUCAAAUUCAACAGCAAGAACUUCCAAUGCAGAUUCAGUACGACCACUCGAGACAGCUGCAAGAGCCUCAAAAACAACAGCACCCUCAAAGACAGCAGGAGUGUGAGCUCCAAAGACAAGAGCCCCCAAAACAACAGCACCCUCAAAGACAGCAGGAGUGUGAGCUCCAAAGACAAGAGCCUCCAAAACAACAGCACCCUCAAAGACAGCAGGAGUGUGAGCUCCAAAGACAAGAGCCUCCAAAWCARCAGCAAGACUCCCGGAGAAAUCAACAAGAGCCCCGACUAGACUUUGACCCUCAGAGGCAGCAGCAGCGGCCGGACCCAUCAGGGAACCAGAUGUUUGAGUCAGUCAUCUAUCUCCAGAAGGCCUCCUCUUUGCCGCAGGCCAAACAAAGAAGCAUGGAGAUGAGCGGAGGGCCCAAACCCAAGAUAAGAACCCGCGCCAUGUCAGAUAUAGGCAUAAGCCAGCAUUCUACCACGUAUCGUAUGGAGAGGGCAGCGGCCAGCAGAGAGACGUUGAGGGCCGUCCCUCCACCAGGGAUGUCGAACGGGGAGAUGGGCUCCCUGGACACCAGGGUGUCAGUAGCACAGCUGCGACACUCGUAUCUGGAGAAUGCCAACCGGAAACCUGAGUUUGAGACUACUAAAGUAGAUCUGUCAGCAGUGGAGGUAGAUCAGGCUAGCGGCAGUGAUCGGGACAGGGGUGCCCGGAAGCCUCGCCGCUACAUCACUCCAGGAGACAGUCGCAUGUCGGAGAGGUUUAGGACCCAGCCCAUCACGUCUGCAGAGCGGCUGGAGUCAGAUAGGUCUCGUCUCAGCCCAUCACAGCUACAGGAUCCCAAAGAUGAAGGAAAACUGGACGAUAGAGCCAAGAUGAGUGUGGCUGCCAAGAGGUCUCUCUUCAGGGAGCUGGAAAAGACAUCGGACGGAAGUGUUCCCAAACCGCGCUCUCGGAACGCUGCCGUAGAAAGGCGUCUGAGAAGAGUUCAGGAUCGGUCGCACACUCAACCCGUCACCAACAGGGAGGUGGUCAACGCUUCAAGUGAUCCUGCCACAUCGUCACAACCUCUGAGCAUCCACACUCACGUCCUUCGUGUCCCCAGCCCCACUGCAGUAGGCCCCAGUGUGACCAGCAUCAGCAUCCCGGCCUCCUCGCAGCCAGACUCAACAGUCCAGGAUCAGGAGAAGGAUACCCAGGAGUACCAGAAACCAGCUCGCAGCGCUGGGGCAGAGGAAGAUGGCCUGGAGCUUUUCUCCGACGAGCCUGACCUAUCCUCCCUCACCUUGUCUGAGAAGAUGGCCCUCUUCAACCGUCUCGCUCAGCCUACGGGCAAGACCGCCGUGGGGGCCCGAGGGGACACCCGCCAGCGCAGGGCCAACGCCCGAUUUCAGACUCAACCCAUCACCCAGGGAGAGGUGGAGCAGGAAGCUGAGCCGCCGGUAACCUCCGCGGUGUGUAACGGUGACUUAGAGGCCAAUCAGGGAGAACAUGUAAGACCCCUGCUGCCUCUGAAAAACGGAGGCGAGAUCAAACUGGAGCCCCUGUCUGCCUCCCUGAUCCGCUCUGUGGCAGCCGUCACCUCCCAAGCCACCGUCUCCACAGUAACUAUCACGCCAGGCAGCGGCGGUGUCGGCAGCGAUGACGGCGGUCUCCGUCCAGGGAAGUCCACCGCGAUGCCCUACAUCCCUGCCCAACAACAGGCUGCCGGCACUGCGAGCAGCCACCAGGAGAGGGCGUUGAUGUAUUUCUCCAUGGCCCAGAGCGGAGACCCGGGCCACCCCGAUGCUGAGCUCAACUCCUCCCCUCUCCUCCCUGAGAGCCGACAGAGAGCCGGGGCUCCUCGUGCUCCCACCUCCUCUGAAAGUCACCGGCAGCAGGGGGAGGCGGUGGAGGAGAGCCGGAGGGAGCGUCAGGAGGAGGAGGAGGUUCGGGGGAGACAGCAGGGAGGAGCCAGAGGAGAGAUCCAAGAGGGCAGCAUUAAGGGAAAGCUGCACUCCCCCGACAGGGACCAGGACGGCAGGCACCAGCGGCAGCAUCCCCAGCCUCAGCACUCUGCCGAGCUCUCUUUGAGGAGGGGCGAGUCUGAGCCUCUGCCCAGCCGGAGAGCCGAAGACGGACACUCCCAGGAGAGUAAGGAGAGAGCCGAGAGAGGAGGAAGAGGAAGAGGAGGGCACCUGAGAGAGGCAGCUCACGGUUCCUCCACACAGGAGCAGGAGAAGAGCAGCGGCCGGAGCCAGCCAGGCAUCUCAGACCUCCCGGAUCAUCCUGCACCACUGAGGCCACCGAUAGCUAAAGUGUCAUCCAUGACAGUGUCUCACGUUUCAAGCAGUCAGCAGCAAAUCAGCCUCCAGCCUCCUCAAACUCUUCCUAAACCCGUCACACAGCAGCCUCCACCGACACCACCCAAACCUCCGGCCGACACCCAGCCCCCACCAACGUACCCCAAACCUUUCACUCAGUCCUCACAAACCCAGGCCAGAGCUCAGGGAUUCAUCCAGCCUCUCCCUAAGCCCUACCUGCAGACGGCCCCCCAGCCGCAGCCCAAACCCCAGGUGCCUCCACAGACACCACCCAAACCCCAGUCCUUCCACCAGGCGCUGGUCCAUUCCCAGUCCCUGCCCCUGGACCACAGCGAGGACUUCGACAGGCACAGUGUCCACUCUGGAGAUCUGCUGUCCCCGACGGAGUCUGGAGACCAACUGUCUGACGAGAUGUCCGCCCAACAGAUGUCCAUCAGGGAGAGAGUGGCACUGCUGAAGAAGAGUGGUGAGGAGGACUGGAGGAACCGGAUCAACAAGAAACAGGAAGUGGUUAAGGUGGUGUCCACCGAGCAGCAGGCGCAGCUAUGGGAGUCAGAGCAGACCUGCGAGACGAAGGAGGAAGGGGUGGUCGUUCAAGACUACUCCGCUGUGUCUGUGUCUGAGCAGCUCUGGGAACCUGUCUUCUCUUCCACCUUUUCUCCUACUAUCUCCCUUGGCCAAAAGUGUCAGUAUAUUGACCAUCAUAGUCAGAAGAUGGGAGAGGAGAUCGAGGCCCAGAUGUCCAUUGAGGAGAGAAAACAGAUGAUUUCAGUCCGUGAGGAUGCCUGGAAGACAAAGGGCAGAGGAGCGGCGAAUGACUCCACCCAGUACACCGUGGCUGCUCGUAUGGUCAAGAAAGGCCUGGCAGCCUCCUCCUCCGUUAUCAGUCCCAUCCUGUCACCGGUCUCCACCAAACUCAAGAGCAGCGUGCCGGCUGUCAACAAACCACAAGAGGAAAUUGAGGCCAGAUCAGACAUGGAAUCGGACAAGAAACUAGACAAGUUGGAGAGCUUCUUGGGACGUCUGAAUAGCAAAGUGGCCAGUCUGCAGGAAACCACCAUAACAGUUACCGAGAAGGCGGUGAAGGAAGUGAUGAAGCUGGAUGACGAAAUCUUCUCCAAGUUCUACAGACGUGUUGCUGAAUUUCCACGCAUGCCCACCAGGAUCGAGAUCACUGAGGAUUUUGACACCAUCUUUGGUUCUCAGGGCCCCAAGUUGACUUCGGCCAUGGUGCAGCACAAGAGGUCGGUGCGCCCGUCCAGGAACGUCCAGUCGUCCAGAAACCCUGUGAAGAUGCUGGCAGCCAGAGAGGACAUCAGACACGAGUACACGGAGCAGAGGUUGAACGUGGCACAGCUGGAGAGCAAGAGGAUGAAGGCUGAGAAGAGUGAGCUGAGUAAAUCCUCUGAGUACUCUGAAGCUGCUCUAGCUGGUCUGGCCAGUAAAGAAAACUUCAGCAGCGUGAGUCUGCGCAGCGUGAACAUCUCCGAGCAGAUGUCCAACAACAGCGCCGUGCCGUACAAGAACCUCAUGCUGAUGCAGGUCAAAGGUCGUCGUCACGUUCAGACCAGAUUGGUGGAGCCGAGAGCGUCAUCACUGAACAGCGGCGACUGUUUCCUGCUGGUCACUCCAGAGCACUGCGUCGUCUGGCUGGGAGAGUUCUCAAACGUCAUCGAGAAGGCCAAGGCAAUAGAUAUGGCCACCUUCAUCCAGAUGAAGAAGGACAUGGGCUGCAGGGCGACCCAGGUGAAGACCAUCGAGGAAGGGGUCAACCCACAGGGUCCAGAUACCCAGCAGUUCUGGACGGUCCUCGGAGGACAGGCCGCUUACCAACCGGCUGGUCCACCAGAGGAGGAUGAGCAGUUUGAGAAUGCCAUUGUGGAAACCAACUGUAUCUUCAGACUGCUGGAUGACAAACUGGUUCCUGAUGAUGACGAGUGGGGGAAGGUCCCUCGCAGCUCUCUGCUGGCGUCCAAGGAGGUGUUGGUGUUUGACUUUGGCAGUGAGGUGUAUGUGUGGCACGGUAAAGAGGUGACUCUGGCUCAGAGGAAGGUGGCCUUCCAGCUCGCCAAACACCUUUGGAACGGGACGUUUGACUACACCUGCUGUGACGUCAACCCACUGGACCCUGGAGGCUGCAACGCACUCAUACCCAGGAAGGGCCAGGGCCGUCCUGAUUGGGCGAUAUUUGGCAGGCUGACAGAGCACAACGAGACGAUCCUGUUCAAAGAAAAGUUCGUGGACUGGUCCGAAGCGAAGUCGCCAACACCAAAGGAAGGCGGCGAGCUCGUACCUGAGCAGAAGCUCUCUCAGGAGGCCCCGGGUAGAGAAUGCCGGCCUUAUGACGCCACCUUGAUGCUGCCCGUCCUCCAGUCGUCCAUUUCCACCAUCUUGGACGGGUUAAAUGUCGGCCGCGGACACGGCCCGGUGGAGACCGAGGACCACAUGAGGACUCAGGAGAUCAGCACGGCGUCAGUGGACGUCUGGCACAUCCUGGAGUUCGACUACAGCCGUCUGCCACGCCAGAGCAUCGGCCAGUUCCAUGAGGGAGACGCCUACGUGGUCAAGUGGAAGUACAUGAUCAACACCUCAGUCGGUCGUAGGCUGAACCCCGAGGCGAGGAGUAGCGGGCCGGGGAAGGAGAAAUGCUGCUACUUCUUCUGGCAGGGUCAGCACUCCACCGUCAGCGAGAAAGGGACGUCGGCGCUGAUGACCGUGGAGCUGGACGAGGAAAGAGGGGCGCAGGUUCAGGUGCAGCAAGGAAAGGAGCCUCCGUGUUUCCUGCAGUGCUUCAACGGAGGAAUGAUCGUCCACGCUGGCAAGAGGGAGGAGGAGGAGGAGAACACUCAGAGUGAGUGGCGUCUGUACUGUGUGCGGGGCGAGGUGCCUGUGGAGGGCCACCUGCUGGAGGUGGCGUGUCACUGCAGCAGCCUGCGCUCCAGAGCAUCCAUGAUCCUGCUCAACAUCAACAAGGCCAUCAUAUACCUGUGGCACGGCUGCAAGACGCAGCUACACACUCGCAGGGUGGGAAACACGGCCACGCUCAAGAUCAAAGAACAGUGUCCUCUGGAGGCGGGUCUCCACAGCAGCAGCAAGGUGACCAUCCAUGAGUGUGAUGAGGGGGUGGAGCCUCCGGGCUUCUGGGAGGCUCUGGGGAGAAAAGACAGGAAGGCCUACGACUGCAUGCUGCAAGAUCCGGGUAAAUUCAACUUCACCCCACGGCUUUUCCAGCUGAGCAGCACAUCUGGAGACUUUGUGGCGAGUGAGUUCUUCCACCCGUCCAGCGCUCCAGACCUGGUCAGCUCGCUGCCCUUCCUGCAGGAAGACCUGUACAACGCAUCGCAACAACCCGCGCUGUUCCUGGUGGAUAACUUCCACGAGGUCUACCUGUGGCAGGGCUGGUGGCCUCAGGACAGCGAGAGCACCGGCUCGGCUUGCAUCCGCUGGGAUUCAGACAGAAAGUGUGCGAUGGAGACGGUGCUGCAGUACUGCAAGGAGAAGAACGAGAAGAAGCCUCAGAAGUCGUAUCUGAUCCACGCCGGUCUGGAGCCGCUCACCUUCACCAACAUGUUUCCCAGCUGGGAUUACAGAGAGGACGUGGCCGAGAUCACCGAGAGGGAGGCGGAGGUGUGUCACCAGAUCAUCCUGGUGGAGGACGUGUUGGCCCGGCUCUGUCAGAACGCCUUCCCUCUGGCUCAGCUGCAGGCCCGGCCGCUCCCAGAGGGAGUCGACCCGCUCCGCCUGGAGAUCUACCUGUCCGACCAGGACUUUGAGAAAGCUUUGGAAAUGACGAGAGAGGAAUACGAAGGUUUACCAGGGUGGAAGCAAGUGAACUUAAAGAAGGCCAAAGGACUGUUUUAAGGAGGUUUUUUCAAUCGAGGAUGGAAGCGGAUUAAAAAACACAGAAAAGGACAGUUGAGACGGAGACACAGGAAUCCUGUUUUGUUGGCGACGCGCGAGGACAUUGGGACAGAAAGUAUCUGAAUCUGAAGAAAACGGUCAUGAAGGAUGAGGCUGGAGAUGCACUCGCCUUGCUUAUAGUCGUGUUUUACCUUUCAACAUUACAUAACAUAAAUGAAAUUCACACGGUGUACCAGAAGGUAAACACACCCUGUUUCGGUUCAUACCUGGUGUCUCUGUGUAUUUGGAGUUUCCUCCAAACACUAAAGUCACCACUCGUGGACUCACCAAUGAAAAUGUGCACACUAGGACGCUUGGUGUCAGAGUGCCAUGCUCUGGACAUGUGUGUGUGUGUGUGUGUAUGUGUGCGCGCGAUUGUAUAUAAUGUUUGUGUGUAUUGUCGAUUUUUGUGUAAAUGUGUGUGUAUCUAUGUAAAAACCUGUCGCGUCAGAAGUUGUGAGGAAAGUUUUAAACAAUGUUUUUGUUGUCUACAGUGUCUGGAUGCUGUCAGGCCUCGUAGCGAACUCGUGUUGCUCGAUGGUGUUAAACUGCUGAAGUGACUCUCGGCUUGAAGGAGUUUGUAAUUUUACAGGUUUGACUUGUUUGGAGAAAGAAGAAGCAGCAGCUCUGAAUGUAUAGUGCCUUGCUUUUUGUGUACAGUUUAUAUACAGAAAUUCUAGUCUGGAUUUUUAAAGACUUUCUUUGUGAUAUAAGACAUAGUGAAUUAAAUCACAAUGAUGCUCAACUCAAA